UCUUUCCAUUUCUUUGACUUCACCUUCUGUAAUUGAAAACUUUGUGUGGAAGGGUUGAUCCUGAGAUGGGGUUAUCUUUUAUCCCUUAAAAACUCAAAAACUACAGUUGACUUGUUGUCUUAAAAGGAAGAGAGAAGGAUAGAAAGCAAGAAAGGGAAAGAGAAACAGACAGAGGGGAAAUGGCAAUGCCAUGGGGCAUGGCCUUAUGGAUGGCAAAUAUGGUGUGGGUGGCACUUGUUGGAUGGGUUUCUUCUUGCUUGACUGUUGCUGAUGAGCUUGCCAGCUCUCUUAGAACUGGAGAUAUUGGUCCUUUUCAUGUUGGCUGAUCCUUUUCCUUCAAAAAAAAAAAGUUCCCAGCUUCUGCUGAUAAACAGCAGUUGGAUGCAUGACGUCUUCAUUUUGUCCGUGGCACGGCUGAGCUUUCUGUCUAGUGUUUGUGUUUGUGUCUUUUGAAAUUUCUAGGAAUUAUGUGUGAUUAGGAUUAAGAAAGGAGACUACUUUCAUAGUUUAUGUAGUUACCAGUAUUGCUUGAUGUAGAGCUUCCUUUGAAUGUACAAUCAUGGGAAAGAGCUGACCUUGACAGAAAUGUAAAACUAGAAUGAAGUUGUAAUUUCAGCGGUAAUUGUUUUUUUCCUUGACCUCAUUUUUUUCUGGAGGGAGGGCCAGCGGUGCAAAGGCGGUUUAUUCAUGAUUAUAUUAUCACCAGGUUUCUCUGUCAAGGUUUUCAGGAACUUUACUUCGUCAUCCCACAGUGUCAUUUUCAUUAUCACCGGAAGCUGACGGAGUCUUAUCUGACACCUCAUUUGGUUAUACAAAGCCAGUGCAUCUCUUUCUAUAUGCCCGUGCAUGAACUUCAAAGUUUGGCAGCCUGCGUCUGUGUCUUGGACAUCUUAAUUUAUGGGUUUUAGAUACCAUGGUGGUGGUUAUAGCAGUUGAGAAGUUUUCACUAAAUUCAUGGUGCUGGCUUGUUUUUGCAUAUCUUGACAUCUUAUAUAAUAGUUUAAGAUUUUAGAUUAAGAAUAUUUUUUG